AUGUCUUUUACGUCGAUCCCCAUCCUCGACCUUCACCUGGCGCGGGAUCCAGCGACCAAGGCAGAGUUUCUCACGCAGCUUCGUCAUGCCCUCAUGGAAGUUGGGUUUCUGUACCUCAAAAAUGUCGGCAUCUCAGAUGAGCUUGUCCAAAAGGUCAUUGAGCACGGUAAAGCGUUUUUCGAUAUCCCUCUGGAAGAAAAAUUGAAGAUUGAAAUGAAAAACGCACCGUCAUUUUUAGGAUACUCGCAGCUAUCGGCUGAAAUUACAGCGGGAGAAGUCGACCACAGAGAACAAAUCGAUCUCUCUACGGAGCAUCCCGUGGCCACCCCGGAUCAGCCGAGAUACUACAACCUAUUCGCCCCAAAUCAGUGGCCGGCGGAGAACGCCGCGCCUGGAUUCCGCAGCACAUACACUGACUAUAUGAAGCAAAUGGGUGCCAUAUCGCUCUACUUUACGUCCCUUAUAGCAGAAGCCAUUGAGCUCCCCAGCAACGCCUUUGACAAGUACUUUGAUGAGGAUCAACAGCACAAGCUCAAGAUUGUCAAAUACCCGGAUCUCUCUGAGCUGGGAUUCCCCAAAGAUGUUCAAGGACAAGGUGUUGGUCCGCAUAAAGACAGUAUGCUCACAUCCUACCUCCUACAGGCGACUCAGCAUCGCGGCCUCCAGGUGCAGAAUGUACAGGGCCAGUGGAUCGACUGCCCUCCCAUUGAUGGAACUCUGGUAGUCGCAAUUGGCCAAGGUAUGGAGGCUUUAACAAAAGGCACAUGUGUCUCUACGACACACCGAGUUCUGUCGCCGCCCGCUGGAUCAGGAGCACGGUUCUCGAUCCCUUUCUUCCAGGGUGUCAAGUUUGAUGCUGACUUUGACGAACUGGAGAGUGUUGGUGUGGGAGAGGUCCCCGAGGCGGUUCGGGCUCAGAGGCGAGCUGUGAUUGAACGAGCUGGAGGUCGCAUAGACGAUGUCGAAUUCACAUUCCGUAAGGGAGAUGUAGCCAAGACCCUCGGCGAGGCAACACUACGCAACAGAGUCAAGAGCCAUCCAGACGUAGGCGAGCGAUGGUAUCCAGACAUUCUCGCCAAAAUCCGAGAAGAGCAGGCUCUCAAGGCCAAAGAGGCUGCUGCUGCGACUCCCGCAACUGUCGAGGCGCAUUGA